UACCAGUGACGUAAGCACGUAAAGUGAAAUCCAGCGUCUUACGUCACGGAUGUUGUGCUGCUGAAUCUUUUGAGGAAAGCAGCUUCUGAUCCGACCGGCAGCUGAUAGAAAUGUGUUUUUAACAUAGUUUUUUUACUUUCUACCAACCGGCCAGCACAUAUUAUCCACCACAUGAUCCGACCGGAGACUUUAACAACAUUUAGCAACAACAACCAGUCAGCUAGCAGCUAACGUAGCUCACUGCUAGCUGUUAGCUGCUAGCUCCUCCAGCUGACGUCAGCAUGGCGUCACAGUUUAAAAUCCCGAAGAAGAAACAGCCAGAGGACGCAGACUCCGCCCACCUGCACAUGCAGUCUCCGCUGUCCCGCCUCCAGAGCUCCGCCCCAGAAUUUAAGGGUUACAGGGAUCAGUCCGGGAGAGGCAGCGCUGACAGGAUGCAUGCUGGGAGCUCAGUCGGCUCUACAAACAGACAGAGCACGCCGUGUAAACCUUUCUUCAAAGACGUCGUCAAAACUCUGCUGGGACUCAACAGCCCGAGCAGAGGAGCUUCAGCAGCCAAUCACAGAGCAGCGGGAGGUUUGAACCACCAAUCACAGAAAGCUGAGUCGUCUUCUGUCGGUUUCUCUAACGGAUGGCGCCCUAAGAGAGCGUCUGACCGCCUGCUGCAACCUGACGUGACCUCAGAGCGUCCGUCUCCACCACCACAGAAGAAGAAAAGUGACUCCAGUGGUUCGUCUCAGGCGUCAAGAAGAAUCUCCGUGGCGUCGGUGGACACUCUGGCGGAGCUGCGAGGCGACGAGCAUGCUGGGAGUUUGAGUUCCUCGACGUGGAGGAGAGCCGAGCUGAAGAGCGACGGCAGAAACUCGCCCGAGUCUCUGAAGAACUCGUCGGUCUCCGGUUCAGACGACGACUUUGUGUCUCCUUCAAGAACCAGAAACAAACCUUCUCCAGAGAAACCUCUCCCCUCCUCCUCCUCCUCCUCCUCUUCCUCCUCCGUCUCCUCGGUGACGGCCGGCCCGUCGUCGACGGCGACGCCCGACAGGAGGCGGAGUCUGGAGAGGACGUCGUGGCUCGCCGCCAGCAGCAACCUGCGCGGCGAUCCGAGGGAGAAGAAGAGAGAGAGGUGGAGGGAGUUCAGAGAGAGGAAGAAGACGCCCAACAGAUCGGCCGUCCUUCAUCUUCGACUGAGGAAGGCCAAACAGACGCCGUCAGAGCCCAUCGUGCUGUCGAGUGAAGAGGAAGAGGAGGGCGAGGACGACGCAGACGGAGGAAAGAAGACGUCACGAAGCAGCGGCCGACCGGACGAAUCCCAAAACUCUGAACACAAACAGGCUCAACAGGUUUGUCCUUCCAGAGACGAAGCAGACGAGCACACGGCGCCGCCUUCGUUCCUGCAGCUCGAGUUCGUUUCGCUUCACGCCGGCCUGACGCACGCCGAUGCCAACGGGAAGAUGAUGAUCACUGAAAACGGCAUCACUCUCCCUCUGAAAGGAGAGGAGGAGGAGGGCGAGGUCACCGUGGUGGCGUCUCAGGUGCGAGGUUACGGUGUUUGGGACGGGGGCGUGGCUCAGGGCGGGCCUCUGCUGGAUGAUUGGGAAGGCCCCGCCCCCUCGCUGCUCUUCCUGUGGGUGACCGACGCCCAGGCGAACCUGCUGCAGAGGGAGCUGACCGCCAUCCAGACCGCCGCCGCCUCAGGCCCGUCGUGCUCCUUCCUCCUGCUGGUGUUGAAGGAGCAGCUGCAGGAGCUCCAGGCCGCCCUGCUGGCCUCCAUCCUGGACAUGGAGGAGUUCAGAAGAGGCCGCUCCUCCUCCUCCUCUGGCGGGCCGACCUCACCUCUGGACUGGACUGACGGGCUGCUGCUCCUCCACAGUUGCCCCCCUCCUCUGGACCAGCACCUCCUCAGACUGCUGGGACACUGCAAGGAGAUGUCCGGUCAGGUGAGAAGCAGCCACAGAAACAAGAAGUCCAACAUGAACUCUUCUGGUCUGCAGCAGCUUCCCACCAGGUUGAUCCAGUAUCCGGCGGCGCCGUGUAAAGGCCGCAUCACGGUGACCAAGGAGGACCUGGCCUGUCUGAACGACGGCGAGUUCCUCAACGACGUCAUCAUCGACUUCUACCUCAAGUUUCUCCUCCUGGAGGGGGUCGGAGGCUCCGUGGCCGAGCGGAGUCACGUCUUCAGCAGCUUCUUCUACAAACAGCUGAGCAGACGGCGAGCUGCCGGCGAGGGCGACGCCCCCUCAGUCCCAGAUCGUCACACGAGGCAUCAGAGGGUGAAGACGUGGACUCGCCAUGUGGACAUUUUCACCAAAGACUUCCUGUUUGUGCCUGUCAAUCAAGAAGCGCACUGGUACCUGGUGGUGGUUUGUUUCCCGGGUCUGGAGGAGGUUCGGUACGAGGAGCGUCAGAGCCGAACAGGUGAUUCAGGGCGACCUGCAGGAAACCGAGUCGUCAGUCUGAGAUCACAGCAGCUGCCGGAGUGCACUCAGCAAGGCUGGCAGAGGGACAAGGCGUUAAAGAGGCCCUGCAUCCUGGUCAUGGACUCUCUGAAGCUGUCGUACCACGAGAACGUCUGCAGGCUGCUGCGAGACUACCUGCAGGUGGAGUGGGAGGUCCGGAGGGGGACGCCUCGUCUCUUCACGUCAGACAGCAUGAGGAGCUUCAACUGCAGAGUUCCUCAGCAGGACAACAGCAGCGACUGCGGCCUUUACCUGCUGCAGUACGUGGAGAGCUUCCUGCAGAACCCCGUGGUGCACUUUGACCUCCCUACACGUUUGGACAACUGGUUUCCGCGGCAACGAGUGCGACAGAAGCGCGAGGAGAUCGGCAGUCUGAUAAUGAGGAUGCACGAGAGUCAGCAGCAGAACGACCGAAGGACCAAAACAAACAAAAACAAAGAGCGAUAAUUUAACCGUGCAAUAAAUUAUUUCUAUUUUUCUAGACUAUUAAUAUAUUUUGUAAACUUUCAAACUGCUGUCAAACUAUUGUAAAUGUUUGCUAUAAUAAACUUUCUUACAAUGAA